UUGACUCUUUUGUGUAUGUUUGUGCCUCUUUUAGGUCAGCUCCUCUCUCUCAUGAGGGUCUUUUUCCUAUAUAUUGAGACCAAGCUAGCUAUCUUGGCCUUACAUGCUUGUUCUAUCUUUAGAAAAGAUAAAGCAAUUUCAAGAGAAGAGAAGAAUUAAAGCAAGGGUAGUGUUCUUACUCGAGAGAAAGAAAUCUUGGAGGCAGGCUUGUGAGAAAGGAAGAAACAAAGUGAUCAUGGGCAGACCACCUUGCUGUGAUAAGAUAGGAGUGAUGAAAGGACCAUGGACUCCUGAAGAAGAUAUCAUUUUGGUAUCAUAUAUUCAAGAACAUGGUCCUGGAAAUUGGAGAGCCGUGCCUACUAAUACAGGUUUGCUUAGAUGCAGUAAGAGUUGCAGGCUGAGAUGGACUAAUUACCUCAGGCCAGGGAUCAAACGUGGUAAUUUUACCCAUAACGAGGAGAAGAUGAUAAUCCACCUCCAAGCCCUUCUAGGCAACAGAUGGGCUGCCAUAGCUUCAUACCUCCCUCAGAGAACAGAUAACGACAUUAAAAACUAUUGGAAUACACAUUUGAAGAAGUUGAAAAAGCUUCAAGCAGGGCAAGAAGGUCAGUUUAGGCAAAUUUCUAGAGGCCAAUGGGAGAGGAGGCUUCAAACUGAUAUCCACAUGGCUAGGCAAGCUCUAAGCGAGGCCUUGUCUCCUGAGAAACCAAACAGCUUAUUAACUGAGUUGAAACCGUCCUGUGGGUAUGAAAAACCAGCUCCAGCAUCACUCUAUGCAUCAAGCACUGAAAACAUAGCUAAGUUGCUCAAAGGUUGGAUGAGAAGCGGGCCUAACCAGUCCCUAACAAAUUCAACAACUACUCAGAAUUCCUUCAACAAUAUGGCUGUAGCUGAUUCAUUUUCUAGUGAAGAGACUCUAAAUAGAGCAGACGAAAAUGACACUGAAUUAUCAGAGGCAUUUGAAUCACUCUUUGGUUUUGACUCUUCAAAUAUAGAUUUCUCCCAGUCAACGUCACCUGAUACUGGCCUUCUCCAAGACGAAAGCAAACCAAAUUCCAGUGCUCAAGUGCCAUUGUCAGUGAUUGAGAGGUGGCUAUUUGAUGAAGGAGCUAUGCAAGGGAAAGAGUACCUUAGUGAAGUCACACCAGAUGAAAAUAAUCUCUUCUAGACAGAGUGCUCUUCAUUGUUGUUGGUUCUUUUGGGACUCUUCUGUUUAGAUUAAUAUGCUAGUAAAUGUUUCUGGAAGGGAUUCCUUGUUUAUGUACUUGGGGAAUCUUUGGCUUUUGAUUUUGCUCUAGGCCUUUAAGAAAUACAAUUUCACAGUGGCCAUAGGAUCAGUGAGA